AUGAACGAGUUUAGACGUAAUAACGAUACAAGGCCAAUAGUUUACUUAGACGAAACAUGGGUAAACCAAAAUCAUACGCGAGGACACAUAUGGCAAAACUCCGACAACACCGAAGGAUUAAAAGUACCUAUUGGUAAGGGCGGUCAGCUUAUUGUGUGUCAUGCUGGGUCACCUUCAUUUGGUUUUGUCAAAAAUUCAAAACUGGUUUUUCGUUGCAAGUCGGGAUCGCAGGCUGACUAUCAUUCUCAAAUGAACGCCACCGUUUUUCAAAAAUGGUUUAUAGAUAUGUUGGGCAAUUUAGAAGAACCUUGUAUAAUUGUAAUGGACAAUGCCACAUACCAUUCUACCUUAACAGAAGAAUAUCCUAAGGCAAAUACUCGAAAGGCAGAUGUACAAAAAUGGUUACAAGACAAAUCUGUAGACUUUUCUCCAGUAGAGACAUUAAGCGAACUACGGGAAAAAGUCAAAUUGACGAUGCCAAAAGAAAAAAAAUAUAAAUUGGACGAAAUUGCACUACAAAUGGGCCAUGAAGUGGUAAGACUUCCUCCUUACCACUGCCAAUAUAACCCAAUCGAAUUAAUCUGGGCGCAAGUUAAGGGUAAAGUCGCGGAAAAAAAUAACACCUUCAAAAUGGCAGAUAUAGAAGUGUUAGUAAAUAGUGCUUUAGAUGCAGUCACAACAGAAGAUUGGGCAAAAUGUGGCGAUCACUGCGAUAAAAUUCAAGAAGACGAUUUGGUAAAAGAAGGAUUAAGAGAUGAAAUUUUGGAGCCUAUUAUAAUGACAAUUAAUCCCGACGACAGUUCUACUGACGAAGACGAUGAUGAAGACGAUAUGAUUAAUUAA